CGCGAGGCCUGAAGGAGUCCCCACCGCAGCCGCGCUCUCGGUCCACCCCGCCGAGCACCGCCAGCCCCAGUGCUCUCCCUGCCGCCGCAACCUGGGCGGCGGGGACUGCGGGAUCCCCCCUGUUGGGGCCUGGGGGUCGCCGCCACCACACCAGCCCCGCCCCUCCUUACUUCCCGGACGGCUGGAGCGACUCCCGGGGGAAGCCGUUCCCAGCCGCUCGGCCACCGCCCGGGUAUUUCGGCUGCCAGCCCGGCUGGGCAGCGGGCAUCUGCGAAGUCAGCCCCGCCUGGCACUGGGCAUCUCCAGGCACCGACUGUCUCCGGCGCUGCCCGGCUUCUCACGACCCCGGGACCGCGGGCUUCUGCGCGCCCUCGCCUCCCCCAGCCGCCUGCCAAGACGCCCGUGAGCAACCUGCGCCCCCAACCUCUUGGGUCAUCGCCGCCGCGAUGCUGCCCUGGAGACGUAACAAAUUCGUGCUGGUCGAGGAUGAGGCCAAGUGCAAGGGGAAGAGCCUGAGCCCAGGGCUCGCCUACACGUCGCUGCUCUCCAGCUUCCUGCGGUCUUGCCCAGACCUGCUGCCCGACUGGCCGCUGGAGCGCCUGGGCCGAGUGUUCCGCAGCCGGCGCCAGAAAGUGGAGCUCAACAAGGAAGACCCGACUUACACCGUGUGGUACCUGGGCAACGCCGUCACCCUGCAUGCCAAGGGCGACGGCUGCACCGACGACGCCGUGGGCAAGAUCUGGGCGCGCUGCGGGCCGGGAGGGGGGACCAAGAUGAAGCUGACGCUGGGGCUGCACGGCAUCCGCAUGCAGCCGUGCGAGCGCGGAGCCGCUGGAGGCUCUGGGGCCCGGAGGCCGGCGCACGCCUACCUGCUGCCGCGCAUCACCUACUGCACGGCGGACGGGCGCCAUCCGCGCGUCUUCGCCUGGGUCUACCGCCACCAGGCGCGCCACAAGGCCGUGGUGCUCCGCUGCCACGCCGUGCUGCUGGCGCGGGCGCACAAGGCGCGCGCCCUGGCCUGCCUGCUCCGCCAGACCGCGCUGGCGGCCUUCGCCGACUUCAAGCGCUUACAGCGCCAGAACGACGCGCGCCACGUGCGCCAGCAGCACCUCCGCGCCGGGGGCGCUUCCGCGUCGGUGCCCCGUGCUCCGCUGCGCCGCCUGCUCAACGCCAAGUGCGCCUACAAGCCGCCGCCGGCCGAGCGAGGCCGCGGGGCGCCGCGCCUCAGCAGCAUCCAGGAGGAGGACGAGGAGGAGGAAGAGGAUGUGGAGGAGCGGGAGGGAGGAGCCCCCCAGCGCGAGCGGCCGGAGGUGCUUAGCCUGGCCCGGGAGCUGAGGACGUGCAGCCUGCGGGGCGCCCCGGCGCCUCCGCCGCCCGCGCAGCCCUGCCGCGGGAAGGCCGGCCCCAGGGAGCGCGCGGGCCAGGCGCGCUGAGGGCCGAACGCGCAGGACUUGCGGCCCCAAACCGGGCCGGCCGGACUUACGGUCUCCAGCCCCGGCCCUGCCUGCAUCGGCUCCCCCUUGGCCCCCUGCAGCCCUCAUGUCCCUCGUGAUCUCUGUUGUUGUCCACCCCGCCGGGACUCCUGACUGCCUCACUUCAUCCUGGCUCACGGUGGCACCUUUUAAGCCCUUAACUAUUGGGGAGGGGGUGCGCAACAGUGUUCUCCUCUACCCACCUCCGGAGUUUCUGGGUGCCUGCCGAUGUGGGGCUGCCUCCUACGCUUUACACCAAGUCUCUUUGCCCGCAGACCCCGCACCCUCCCUCUCCAUCCUCUCAAGAGCAGGGAUGAGGAGUUUCCAGAAAUCCAGGAAGGUGAGCUUGGACCUUGGCCAGGACAGAGGCAGUGCCCCUGCCCUCGGUCCCUCUAGUCUUCCUCCCUGGAAUGAGAAUAACCUAGGAGAGGCAUUUUGUAGGAAAAUAAUCAAAUGGCCCGGGAGAAAUGAAGCCAGACCCAGGGUGGAAACUGUUUUGUUGGCCACAGACAAGGAAGAAUCCUUUGGCUCUGAGGUGGGUCUCUCUACCCCUUGGCUGCCACUGGAGAAGACAGGGAUGGUCCAACCAAUAGUCAGAACAACAGGUUAGGCCAGGUUCCAGCUCUCUGCACCAGGCAGCUACCCAAGCCUCUGCCCUUAUGUUUAGCAGCUUGCACACACACACACACACACACACACACCCAAGACUCGUCACCCGUCCAUCUCUCUGCAGACAUUUGUUGUGUGGUCCUCCACUAAUGACCCCCAAAGCAGGACCCAGAUGUGGCUUCUGAAGGAGGUGAGGAGGACCUCUGGCAAGUGCUUGGGGCACUGACUACCCAGAAAUUGGACACAGCAGAGAUGCCCCUAAGUCAGGGCUUGUCAGAACAGGAGGGCCCAGCAGCCGGAUUCCAAUAGCCCGGAGAGUGAGAAGGGUGCACUGACCGAGCAGAGGGAGUGGGCCCCUGCCAGGUGUCUUCAACAAGGCCACCAAAUAGCCCAAAGGUCUGUGGUGUCACCAACUGAUCCUUGUAAAUAAAGUGGACCUGCUUUUUCA